AUGACUAAGACUGUUACACCAAAAAUAAUCAACUUUAUUGAACAGAAUAAAUAUCAAACUAGAGAUCUUUCUGCGGUUGAGAAAUCAUUUAUUGAGAAGCAUAAACCAGUACCAAGAGAUAUGAGAACAGACUUAAACCCAGGUGAUUUAGUUGUCAUUCUUGAAGGUAAGUAUGUAAGUUCUAAAGUAGUAUUUAUUAAACAACUUUCUGGAUUUAAAGCAGUAGUUAGUGGAGUAUACGAUGUUAAUGGAGUAAGACCAAUGAUUAUUGAUGAAAAGUAUCUUUUUAAGUUAAAUACACCAGGAGUAGAAAUUGGAACAUUUGAUGUUAAUCCAAAAGAACUUAAUUAUUCUGAUAUUGAUUCAUCAAAAGAUAUUGAAAUUAAACAAACUGAAGCUUCAAAACUUAUUGAAUCAGCCGUUAAAGAAGGUCUUUUAAAGAAGAAGUUUUAUACUUCUUAUUUGAAGGAACAAUUUUCAGUAGAUCAUGAUGUUGAAUUUUACUCAAAAAUUCAUUAA